CCGGACCUCCGGAAUGACAGGAAAGACCCUUUGAUAAAUCACUGGGUGCUCGCGCCCCCCUUAUAGCAAGUGCGGUCGGGUCGUGCCACAUUCCUAGGUAUAGCAGAAAUCUGAACCUCUCGAGGCAUUGCAAUGUGGACCAGACCUCGCUCGUAUUCUGCUGAGGGCUGACGAGAAGAGAGACUGGAUCGCAUCUGACAACCGCGCGAACCAACCCUUGCCAGCCUCCCGCCGUGGUUCAAAAGGCGAGCAUGCUCGCUCGACUGCUCCAUCCGCAUCUUCAACAAUCACCACGACAAUAACGACAACAGUUCCUACAUCCAUGUUCUCAUUCGACUUCAGCUUCCUUGGCUUCGCCGCCGUGAAGCGCUUCGUCGUGCGCCUCUUCGACGGCACUCCUUCCGCACCCGUCUCCAACUCUUCGCCUCCAGUCGUCAAGACAUUCCUGUCCCCUACUCGCACGAUCCGCGAGCCACCCACCAAAGCGCAGAUCUCCGGAGGUUCUGGCUCUUUCGAUGCCCUCGUGGCAUUCAUCGUCCUCUUCAUCGGCUCCACGUUCCUUCUCACUUCCUUGGGAUCUCGCAAACUUCGGGGCGGACCAUCGUCGAAGUGGUACAAUGAUAUUCUCAUUCAUUUCAUUCACUACGUGUGCCUCGUCAUGGCACUUGCCUUGGUAGACGAUGCAUGGGCGCAAGUGUGUCGCUUGUAUCAGGCGUCGGCGGGUUUUGCUCGAUCGCUGCUUGGUUGGAUGGUUGCUCCAGCAUUCAACUAUGGGGUGUUUCUC